GCCAUUUUCAUGAUCGAUCAGUUCAAUCCUUUCACUCUCUGAUGAAUUUUGGGAUGUUUUGUACUCUUCAGAUCCAAAUUCGUCUCUGAGCUAUUCGAUAUGGAUGUAUCCAGUUGACAAGGCGCAACGGAGAUCGCCGUCUUCGUUCUCUCCUCUUGUUGAACAGCAGGAGGGAAGGGCCAUGUGAGUUGUUUGAAUUGGACGGGAGUUCGUAUGCUAUUGAUUUUCGAUCAACUUACUAAUUUGGGGUGGUUGCUGUGACAUGGGUAAAUGCAAGGGUUGUGGGAAAUUGGGAAAAAUGGCAAGGGACAGGACUGUGAGCUCUUACCAAUUCUUUGUUCUUCAGUCUCCUGUUGUUUCGGUCUGGGAUUGCAUUGUGCGCAAGAUGAGGUAUUCGUAUAGACCUGAGUGGGUGUAGAUAUACAGAUCCGUGUAUUGCUAUUGUAUUACUUAACAAUUUUAAAAUCACGUAGUUGUUUUUUCCAUAUGUAUUGAAUAACGGGUUAUACAAGGAAAGGGGAAUAGAGAUUGAUGUAUACGUCUUAGAAAAGUUGCAGUAAGAGAGAGUUUAUUGCACUUGGGAGUUAUAGAAUAAUUGGUGGUCUACAAGAUGGAAGGUGCUAAAGCACAAUCUGGUGUUAGAAAGUUGAAGAAGAAGCAAGUAAAGGAUGAGUUGGACCGCAUGAAACAGGCUGAGAAGAAAAAGAGACGCUUGGAGAAGGCAUUGGCUACGUCUGCAGCGAUUCGUUCUGAACUAGAAAAGAAGAAAGAGAAGAAAAAGGAAGAACAGCAGAGGCUUGAUGAAGAGGGUGCCGCUAUUGCUGAAGCUGUGGCCUUGCACGUCCUACAUGGUGAAGAUUCAGAAGAUUCACGCGAUGUUAUGCUAAAAAAGGACGAGGGGUCAGAUCUGUGGGAUCAUGGCAGGAAUUUAGACAUAUUUAUGGGUGGUGGAAGAAGAGCAGUAUUUCCCCAACAGAACCUCACAAAAUAUUCAUUUGAAGGAACAGAGUGGGUCGCUAGGAACCAGACAUUUGGAUGGAAAGAAUUCGGAAACCAGGAUUGGAUGGCCUCGUAUGAACCUCGGGGAAGAGAUCUCUACCAGCAAUACUAUGGUGGGGGAAAUUGGGAUAUCACUGGGAUUUCCCCCCAGUUGAUAGCAGAGCAAGCUUUUUCUUCACUUCAGAUUGCCGAGGAUGCACAUGUGGGCACGUAUAUCUUUAAUCAGGUAUUAAGAGGGUAAAUGGUGGUCCUAGUGUAUCUUCUAGGCAGCUGGUUGCAUUCCCAAUUUGAUGUUUUGUGGUUUUGAAUAAUGCCAUGUAUAUAAAACAUCAAGCGCACUAGGUAUCUUUUGUUCACCAGUUGUAAUGCUGUUCUGCUUGUAUGCCCCCAAGGCCUCUCUUUACACUGAAAUGUUUGUGGUUUGUGUGAUUGUUUUCAUGUCUUCUUGACCGGUUGGUUUUCCAGAUAUUUUCAUGACUUGAGCUUUA